CAAAGAAUUCCAUCGCAACAAAACAGACGUCUUGACAUCGCCCACAACUUGGUAGCAGUGAAGUACAAAAAAAGAAGAAGAAGAAAAACAACAAAUAAAAUAACGAAUUAAAUAAUGAAUUAAAACUCAAAAUACAAAAAAUAUGGAAAAAAUUUGGAAUGAAUUGAAAUAUUUCCUCAAAGCAUUGUUGUGCUUUUUGGCCGCCUGCCUUCUAGUGCCGCUCUUACUUAUUGUAUUUGUGUGUGUCCAUUACAGCAAUGCCUUUGUCUAUUAUAUACUCUCAAUAAAAUAUCCCGAGCUGCAGAUAUCGAAAACAAAGAAGAUUCGCUCGUUCAUCGAUACACCAAGAAAUGCCGGUAUUUUUAAUUUCUUGCUUCAGAUAAAAGGCCCAUGCGACUUUGAGGCCAUUCGAAAACAUUAUGAUGAAAAUCUGACUGGUGCCCGGGAGAAGACUGGUCAUUUGAAAUUCCCUAAACUACGUCAGAAAUUGAUGAAUUGCUGGGGCCACUAUGGAUGGGUCAAGGAUAAUAGUUCUUUCAAUCUUAACAAUCACAUCCUACUGAAUAAAGCAACAUAUCGUGGAAGUCCUGUCCAUGACGGCAACCUACAGGACUUUGUCAGCACAUUGGUUGAAAAGUACAUACCAUCCGAUCUGCCACAGUGGCAGGUGAUUGUUAUACCGAUUGCAUCGAAUAAAUCUGCACUGAAUGUUGAUGCCACGGAUGAAGAGACAUCGAAUAGUGCUCAGGAAGAACAACAUUACUAUAUACUCUUGAAAAUUCAUCACCUCAUCAUUGCCGAAGAAGAUGAUCUGCACAUUAGUGAAAUGUUAAUGUUGCGUGACAACAGCGAGAAACCGAUUAUCGAAAUAGGUGGAUACACGCAAAACAUUUCCAAAACUAAAAGUCUCUCGUAUUUUAUUCGAAAGCCCGAACACAUUGAGAGACUCCUGAAAUAUUUAAUGCGGGUUGUCGUCAAUCAAUGGAAUAAAUUUAUAUACGAAUUUGAAUCCCUUGAAACCCCAGAUGAUACCAGUGGCAUACAAAUCACCAAUAUCAGUCAAUUGUUGUCGCUUCUGCUGAUCGUGGCGGUAAAUGUUAUGAUUAAUUACUGGAAGUCUGUCGUAGUUAUGAAACGAAAAUCGAAUCGGUAUCAAAAGCAUUUGACACCAUCUGAGGGAAAAAUAAAGGUAAUCAGGCGACUCUUGGCAAAGGAAGCAGAACAGCGGCAUUUGUCUUGGCCCACGGCAAAGCUUGCCAUUCAAAAUUCUCUACAACCUUCGAAUCUCACCAAAACUUGGGCCACCCUGGUCUGGAAGGCAAAUGUCAACAGCGUACUUGCACUGCCGUAUCGCAUCUUUUGUGAACUGAUGGCCAUGAGGGAUUUAAUUAUGAAAGGUGAAACUACCUUAAGCACCACAUACUCGGGUCGGCUUUCGAUAUUUUUGCCACUGUUGAUCUAUGCUCAAAUGGAAUUUCUUAGAAUCUGUUAUGAAAUCUUCAAAGCUCCUGUCAAUAUAUUCGAGGAAUUUGUCCAAUAUCCCUCCAGAGAAAUCAAUAAAUUGAAUAAAAUGUCCUAUUCUGGACGUAAAAUAGCUUCUUUUUCGAAGCCCAUUGAUGCCCAGCAAUUGCGCGAACGUGUUGCCUUCAGCGAUGAGGUACGUGAAUCGGAUUAUGUCUUAUCCUGUUUGUCGGGUGCCAUUCGCGACUAUCUGGAAUUGUACUCGACCGAGGUGGCUAUACCCAAAAUGCUGAACACUACUUGUCGCACCAUGGCCAAGGGAUAUUUCACAGACAAUUUAGAUGACAAAUCCGAUUACAUUGGUGGAGUGGUAUUCCUUCCACUGCCUCUCAAGGUACCAGAUCGUGAGCAUGCUCGUCAAAUCCAUUCGAUUAUAGAACAGAUUCGACGCAAACAGGUUAUGAUUUAUUUGGCCUCGAUGGGGCAAACCAAAUAUGACAUGUUAACCUCCAUCUUCCCCAGAGUUCUAACCAAAAUAUGCAUCAAUUAUUUCUCAUCCAAUUUCCCCAUAACGAUCACAGAAAUAUACGGUGAGAGUUCAGAUUUUGAAACAACAUGGGGACAAACUGUGGAAGAUGUCUUGCUGUUUAGACCACCUCAGUCGAAGACCUGUCUAUCUCUAAAUGUACAUCAUUUCGGUGACCGCUAUCGUUUGGCAGUGAUGGCCGAUACUCAAUUGGGUCCAGAUCAUUCCAAGAUCGUUCGGGCAUUUGAAAAUUAUAUGGAAUCGGUGAUAUUGUAAAUUUUAUUUAUUAACAAAAAAUUGAUUUUUUUUUGUGUAAACAAAUUUUGGCCUUCUCAGAAACACUUGAUAGAUUAAAAAAGCUUUGAUUCACUCCAAUGGAAUAUUGCAAAAAGUAUAAAAUGCAAUACCCAUAAAAAUUUUCAUUUUGAUUAACAACGUUAAAGAUGUUU